AUGAUCAUUUCUAAUGUGGUCAGGAGUUUUUUUAAUGAUCUCCUUCUGGCCUCUGCAGCGAUGGACAGCUGGGAGAAGACAUCAAACCAAUCCAGGGUCAACUUCUCUUCAUCCCCAUCCAUGUCUGACUCCUCAUCCCCCUUCUCUUAUUCCUGCUGCAACUCCUCACAUCCCCUCUUCCCAACCACCCCGUUCUCAGCCCCGUCCUUCUCUGGCCUGGACCUCCUGUAUGACCUGAAGCUCGUCUUUCUCCCUCUCUACUCGGUCGUGGUCCUGGUGGCCUGCUUCGGAAACCUCUUACUGCUCUUCCUCAUCUGGCACAACAAGAAAAGACACAGCACUACCAACUUCCUCAUCAGUAACCUGGCACUUGUCGACCUGGUCAUGUGCAUCUUCUGCGUCCCUCUGACUGCGUCCUACGCCUUCGACCAGCGUGGAUGGGUGUUUGGAGGCCACAUGUGUCAUUUUGUCACAGUCAUGCAGUCUGCGGCGGUCUACGCGGCUGUCUUGUCCCUCAUGGCCAUCGCAGUGGAUCGAUACGUGGUUGUGGCUUACCCAAUUCGCAAAAGAGCAGGGUGCCACUUCUGUUGGGGUCUGGUGCUCCUGAUCUGGCUCACCUCUCUGGCUCUGUCCACACCUACAGCCCUGCACACUGCGUACCUGGACCUACGACCUGCAGGGCUGCAGGUGGCUGUGUGUGAGGAGUUCUGGGAUGGCGAGGAGCGUGGACGACUCAUCUACUCUUGUUUCAUUCUUUUCUUCUCCUACUUUGUCCCACUGGCUGCUGUCUCCAUCUCCUACUGUGCCAUAUCCUAUCAUCUGAAACAGAGAACCACGUCGGGCCUGACAGCAUGUCCAGAGCUCAGAUCAGCCAGGGCCAUGUGGAGCAAGCGGAGGAGGAAGACCUUCUUCCUGCUGCUGGUGUCCGUACUCUGUUUCGCUUUCUCCUGGCUUCCCUUACAGGUGGUGAAUCUGAUCCGUGACCUGGACACAGACUUCUCCAUCUUAGGGAAGAACUAUGUGAACAUCAUCCAGGUGUCAAGUCACCUGUUCGCCAUGAGCUCUGCCUGCUACAACCCUUUCAUUUACGCCUCACUGCAUGACAAGUGCUUGUCCUGCCUGUGUGACCACUUCUUGUCCCAGAGGAGAAGCAGAGGAAAGGACAAGGGUCAAGGGUCAAGCAUUCUGACGAUGUCACACAGAGUGCAGCGCCUUCACACCUCCACCAUUGUGGCAGAUUCAGCAGGCACUGCUGUUGUGAAUAACUUAGGUCCACAAGACAACUACGCUUAGAACGUGUGUUUUUUCAGCUUGAUCGGAUAAAAAUCUGUGCUUCAGAAAAUGUCGCAGCGUAUCUGCUUUACAACAGACUGUGAUAAAAAUCGUAUUCGCCUUCAUGUUAUACCAAACUGAUUCAUAUAACUCACAGAUUCACAGACACUAUGAUUCAGAUGGUGGAUUGAAAGGCUUUUAUACAACUGCCAGUGUCUGCAGCUGGUCAGGGUCACAAAACCCCCCUACAAAAAUAAGAAUGAUUGUGUGUGUAACGUUUUCUUGACAAAUAUAUGAAUGGUUAUAUACACAAAGUCUAUUUAAAAUAGAAAGAAACUGAACAAUUUGAUUACAUUUUGAUCUAUUUUGGCAAAAAUCUGUGAGAAAUUGUAUAGCUCAUCAUCCCUUUUCUGUAUAUAUACAUAUUAUUGUGAGUUUGUAAUACUGUGAUUAAACUUAUGUCAUAUGUA